AUGGCAGCCUCUGUGGCACCACUGACCACAAGGACGCCAAAAACAUCCGCCGAAACAGAAGCCUCGGAAAUAAUUCGCUGCAAAGGUAAUAACCACAGUGAAACUCGCAGCAAUAGCACCCAAAAGACCACUUACAAUUCUCAAGAAUUAUGUCGCAGUUGUGGCAAAAACAGUGAAGAUUUGUAUGAUCUCUAUCAACAGCAGCAACAACAACAAAACACAAUGGCAUCUACAAAUGAAACAAAGACUGAUGAUGACGUUAUGCCAUUUAGCACAUCAUCAACCACCUGUUAUGCUGGCAAGACCAGCACCAUUUCUCAGCCUAAUACCACCGCCUCCUGCCUUGCAUCAUCCGCAUCAUCAACCACCGUAACAGCUAUGUCCUCCUCCAGCGGCGUUAGUGGGACCACUACGACGACAUUUGAUAGUGUGGCAGCAACCGCAAAAGCCACGGCAAAGGGUCAAAGUAAUAUGGAUAAUAUUUUACAGGAAAUGCAAAUUUGGCAUUUACAGUUAUGGAUUCCCGGAUGA